CUGCGCGCCCCGCGGCCGGGGCUAGGCCGUGUGGCGGCGGCGCCGGGGGAUGCUCGUGCUGGGCCGGGCCUCUCCCUUCUCAACUUAGGGCGGCGGCGGGCCCGCGCCCCUGGCUCCCAGGCCAUGGCGCUGAGGGAGCUCAAAGUGUGUCUGCUGGGGGAUACAGGUGUGGGUAAAUCAAGUAUUGUGUGGCGGUUCGUGGAAGACAGUUUUGAUCCCAACAUCAACCCAACAAUAGGGGCAUCUUUUAUGACCAAGACUGUCCAGUACCAAAAUGAACUACAUAAAUUCCUCAUCUGGGACACAGCUGGACAAGAACGAUUUCGUGCCUUAGCGCCAAUGUACUACCGAGGCUCGGCUGCAGCUAUAAUUGUUUAUGACAUCACGAAAGAAGAGACAUUUUCAACAUUAAAGAAUUGGGUAAAAGAGCUUCGGCAGCACGGCCCACCCAAUAUUGUAGUUGCCAUUGCAGGAAAUAAGUGUGAUCUUAUCGAUGUAAGAGAGGUCAUGGAGAGAGAUGCCAAGGACUACGCUGACUCCAUCCAUGCAGUCUUUGUAGAGACAAGUGCGAAGAAUGCGAUAAACAUAAAUGAACUCUUUAUAGAAAUUAGUCGAAGAAUUCCAUCCACUGACGCUAGCCCACCUUCUGGCGGAAAGGGCUUCAAACUCCGCAGACAGCCUUCGGAGCCAAAGCGGAGCUGCUGCUGACCGGGCCUCGGCCCCCCGGGCUUCCUGAUGAAGUAGGUGGUCCUGACAGGUCUCGGGAGGGCUGGGCCCCGCCUCCGGGGGUCACCUGCCAGUCUUGGAUCUUCUUCGGGCAACAAGGAUUCACAGGAAUUGACCGGUUUCGUCUCCUCUUGGGAGACUGCAGCAAUAAUACGUCAGUCUGUGGACUUCCGUCCUGUAAAGAAUCUCUGUACACAGGGACUGCAUCGUUGGCUCCUGAUCUUGCUGAGAAGGAAUGUACAGUUGUGUGGAUGGUAGAAUGAGAUCAUUGAGUAGCUUUGUAGUCGAGAUUCUAUGUCACAUUUGUAAAGGGAAAAUUAGCACUUUCGUGGUUCUUGAGGGAAAAAAAAACGGCCUUGUGGAGACAUUCCUUCCCUUGGUUUCCCAUUGCCACUGUUAGAGGGAGUGGUAGCAUUUAGAAUGUGUGCAGUUACCACCGUGGAGAGAUGGCAGUUAUGAUCGUCUAAAGCUAACGUGGGUGGUUUCCGGGGCUGACGGAGAGGCACCCACUCCUGCCGUCUCUGAUGCACUUUCCAUUGGGAGCAGCAGCCCAGGACCCUGUCACAUGCGUGUCCCCAGGCACGUCACUGGCACCUUUUUAGGUAAGCUCUGAUGAUCAAGAUGGUGGUGGUAGAGAGGCUGCCUGGAACAUGUUGAAUUGCAGAUUCAGUUUAAACUGACUGGCCAUGUUUUCCAAAGGAAGAGAGGAAGCCCAGAAAGUGGAAUAAAUGCUGUCCGUUUUUUAUUUAACCGAGUUGUCUUGGUGGGGGAAACAGUUAUCUGCCGCUUGCUCAGCACAUGUAAAGUUGUAGUCAUAUAUUUAUGAGACCACUGCUUACAGAUUAUAAAUUAUGUAAAUACAUUAAUAAAUUCUAUGUUUCGUUUACCACUCCAUUUACUCUUGCACCGGCCUGGCGCGCGCCCCCCAUUUCUCAGUUUGUGCACGGGAAGUUCUUUGAAGCACAUUUUAUGUGGUGCAGAAGCAUAGAGCAUGUGGCUCUAGGUUGUCAAGGGUUUGUCUGCCUUCCCUCCCACCACCCCUCCCCUGCAGUCUCAUCUGGAAGCCACGGUGCAGACAGAUGCCACUUGGAGAAGCCUGACGAGUCCCUCCUAGCCUCGGGGUACAAGACCAAGCUCCUGAG